GAUCGCCUUGGAAGCUGAAGGAACGGCAGAGAUCACCAAGGAAGCCGAGGCAAUGGCAGAGGUCGUCAUGGAAGCUGAGGUCACCAUGGAAACAGGAGAGAGCACAGACGUCCCAGACACACCCCAGAUACAGGGGAAUGAUUUGGUUGUCCAGGGCAACAACAAGAACCCGGCCAGCGAGAAACUGCAGAGAGUCCGCAAGUGGAGCAUAAACACCUAUAAGUACACCCGGCAGGCUCUGUCAGAGAGGCUCGGUCGUGGAUCUCGCACAGUGGAUCUGGACCUGGAGGCUCGUUUGGAGCUGCUCAAAGACGACCGGCAACGCUACGAUCACGUGACCAAGCUGACUCAGACGAUGGCCAAUCAGCUCGCUCAGUUGACAGUUACCCAGAAGACACUGGGAGACACUUUCAGCGAACUCAGCGUCAAGACACCAACGCUGAAUACGGAGUUUGGUAUGAAUGCAGAAGCUCACAAGUUUCUGUCUAAGAGCGGCGAAACUUUGACGGCGGCCAUUAACUCCUUCACAUGCGACCUGAACACUCUGGUCAACAAAACCAUCGAAGACACCAUGAUCAACGCUAAGCAGUACGAAGCCAUCAGAAUCGAGUAUGAUGCGUAUCGAGUUGACCUGGAGGAGCUCAACCUGAAGCCCAGAGACGCCACCUCCCUUCCCAAACUGGAGCAGGCCCAGGUGGAGUUCCAGGGCCAGAAGGAGAAGUACCAGAAGGUCAGAGACGACCUGUCUGUCAAACUGAAGCUGCUGGAGGAGAACAAGGUCAAAGUCCUUCAUAACCAGCUGUGGCUUCUGCACAACGCUAUAGCAUCUCACAGCUCAUCAUGUCACAGCUUCCUGGAGAAAAACAUCCAGCAGGCCAGUGAACACCUCAACAACCCCAACAUGGAUGCCCCCUCUUGGCUGGAGGAAUGCUGACACAACAACAGGAGAAAGUCAUAAUAUGGCAAGUGGACAGAUGUGGGUUCGGACAACGUUGAGGGGUUUACAGAUGCUGCUGUCGGGGAAGUGUGAGAGAAUUGUUUUGGAAUUUGGACUUUAGGAUCAAUAGUCCGUAGAUAGGUAGGAAGUUGUUUAUACCUUUUUAUAAUAGUGAAAUUGAAUUUUUGUGGGAUUUGGAUGGAUUUACAGUUUCUGUGAGAUUACUAAAGAAAUGGCCAAUUUGAUUAUUUAGAUCAUUAUGCCAGAGGGAAAGUCAUUGUUUUGGACAUUGAACAGGGUUCUCAGGUCCUGGGGUUUCUCAUGCUGGUCUGGAAAAGCCCAGGGAAUGUCGACUUUCCACAUAUCAAAAUGUUGUGGAACAGAAUAAAAGUCAGUAACGUUUUGGGAAGGACUGAACUGUUGGAAGUACAUUUAGGACAAAAGCAUCUUAAGAGAUUUCUCUUUCUGUGCCUCACAUACUCUCACAGACAUACAGUACUUGUGACUUUUGACCUGUUUAACAGUCACACACACACACACACACACACACACACACACACACACACAUAUAUAUGUGCCCCUCCUGUUUUUCUUUCCUCUGUCUCACUGUGUUUGAGAGUAAAUCCAUCUAAUCCUCUGUGAGGCACUAAGCCUUUCUUUGAACUUUUAAAAAUCCUCAGCCACUGCAGUCAGAAACUUACAGCCAAGUGCCUCAAUAUUACUGCAGGAAAACAUUUUCACUAGCUAGGGUUGGGAUCUUGUAGCCAUUUAUACAUUUAUAAUAUUUGGAUUCAGUGAGCUCCAAAGCUACCAAAUAUAUUGAAUUUUGUCUAAUAUUUGAUGGUGCAGUUUGUAGAAUUUAGUGGCAUCUAUCAGAACAGACUUGGCAGAAAUUGAAUAUAAUAUUCAUAUAAUCACCUGAAAAUAAGAAUCAUUGUGUUUUUAUUACCUUACAAUGAGCAGGUCCUCUUCCACACAACCAUCCAUUUUGCACCACCAUGUUUCUACAGUAGCCCUGAACGGUUAAAACCAAACUCUGGCUCUAGAGAGAGGGCCUUUCAUGUUUUUCAUGAGUUUUGCU